AUGACCUUUACGUCGGAUGAGGUUAACUUCCUCAUUUAUAGAUACCUGCAGGAAGCGGGUUAUUGCCAUUCUGCGUACCUUUUUGGAUUAGAAAGUGAAAUCAGUCAAUCGAACGUGGAUGGUUCCUUAGUUCCUCCGGGUUCGCUCUUAAGCUUGAUUCAGAAGGGUUUACAAUACACGGAGGCAGAAAUCAGCAUUGGCGAAGAUGGCAGUGAGCGCGUAGUCGAGUCCCUUUCCCUUAUCGACGCUGUUGUUCCCGAUGUGAUCGAAAAACGAAAAAGUUCAUUGAAGCAACAGCAACAACAGCAGCAUCAGCAACACCAUCCCUCUGGUCCCACUGCCUCCAACCCUUCAACCGGUCAACUACAACAAUCGCAGCAGUACAACAGCGCAUCUAAUUCCAUAGCCACUUCUGGUGGUGGCGACGGCUACAAUUCCCACCUCCCUCCCACUACUUCUGAUUCUGUAAAUACACCUACUCCGAUGGACAGUGAAGGCAGUGGCGGUGGACAGCAUUGCAUUAAUCCUGGUGGCAUCCUCUUACCCAAUAACCUCGCUGCCGCGUCAGUUUCUACGCAGCAGCAACAACAGCAACCGCAUCUGCCCCCGUCAGCUGUUACUGCGGUGUCUCCUCCCUCCACGAGUGGAUUCAACUCCGGUAGCCCCCUCAACACGGGACAUCUACGCUUGCCAAACAAGAGUUUCGUCUCCUCACAGGAUGCUCUUUCCGGCCACCCUGUCUCUAAUUCGGUCCUGCUCCCUCCGAUGCACACCAAUGGCGAUAAUGGCCACGUCAAUCACUACCGCCCGAGCGGAGACACAGGAAUAACGAGCAUGGAGGUGGACAGAAUUCCCCACCAGCCACCAGUAGGCCAACCGGCGGCACCACCUCCAAACGCCUCCGCUCAUUCCCCGGAUCCCGGUCUCAUUCCUCAAGACCGAAUCACCGUUCUCCGUGGUCAUACUUCGGAGGUCUUUAUUUGCGCAUGGAAUCCUCGUACGGACAUGCUAGCGUCUGGGUGA